ACACACUCCAACGUCAUAUUUCUUGUCAGUUUAUGUGACAGCUUGCUCGUUGGGCCAAGUUUUGUUUUAUAACACAAACAGCCCUGUAUUCAUUAAACUAAUUUUCUCUGUUGAGAGCUGGAGAUAACUCCUUUAUUUUAUGAUUGUUGCCAAACAUCUGCCUAAGUAUCUUGGAGUCCCUCGUCUCAAGCCACCGAGCCAUCAUCAUGGGUAUCUUACGUACGUUCAUCCUCGCCGUUUCUCUUUUGGCGUGUUUUCUCCUCUCUGAGGCUUCUGUUAUUUGCGAUGACGAUCCGGUGUGCGAGCACGGUGUCGUUGACGAGGAGAAUUGUGGAUGUCGUUGUAGCAGUGGAUGGUGGGGAGAUCGAUGUGACGAUAAGUGUAUAGAUGAUAGAGGUGAAAACGCCUGCAAAGGAUAUGCACAUCUCUGCAACCACACGCAAUAUUCAAAUUUCGUUCGGAAAAACUGCGCCGCCACGUGCGAGUUUUGUGAAAAAUUUGGGCCCGGCUCCGAAGGUUUUAUUUGUGACCUUCGGUGCUCUGAACCGGGAGGAACGGUUAACGCAGUAACCUGUACGUGUGAAUGUGCGAGUGGCUGGUUUGGUGAAUUCUGCGAGGAUAAGUGUGAGGACACGUCUUCAAACUGUCAGAAGUGGGGCGUGGAAGAAUGUGCUACGUCACAAUCAGUUAUUCGUCGUUGUCCUGCUAUGUGCGGAGUGUGUGAGGAAUUCGGACCUGGAUCUCCAGGAUUCGUUUGUUUAAAGGACUGUGUCAAUGGUGGAACGUUAAUCGAUACGGAGCAUGAAUGUCGGUGCUUGUGCGCUAAGGGCUGGGAAGGAGAUCAAUGCGAAGUCAUGUGCAAGGACAGCGUCAAGAAAUGUCAAUAUGACGUCACCAAGCUAAACGGAGGCUCAUAUUACCGAUACGAUCAGUGUUUCAGUGAACCAUACGUUUAUGAUAAAUGUCACGAAAUGUGCGGAAGAUGUGAGAGUUUUGGGCCCGGGUCUCCCGGUUUUACAUGCACUCUGUCAUGUCUUAACAACGGUACACUAAUCAACAAUGCAACUCAUUGCUACUGCCAGUGUACAGACAAUUACAUCGGGGUUAGAUGCGAAGCUGAAUGCAGAGAUCUGAAGAAACGUUGUGGACGAACUCGGGCUUCUGACUGCCACAACCCAGACUAUAUACCUUACAUGAAACAAAACUGCCCUGUCACAUGCGGACUUUGUCAUGAAUUGGACACAAGCUGGGGUGACUAUUUUCUUGCAAAUGCCGAGACACCACGGAGCGCUGACGAACUCCUUGAGGAGAGAGCCCUCAACGGCAAAUAUCGAUCUCAUCUUGGUGAGGGCAUCGAGGUGGUGUUUCUGAUAGAUAAUUCAGGAGCCGAUUACUUUGAAGUCAAGCGUGCGAUGCUACGUCAGUUCAUAGAUCGACUCGACUUUGCCACAGAGGGAGGCAUUCGCCUUCUCUUCACCACAUUCGCUUACACCAUUCGAGUGAAGAAUAAUCUCUAUGACAUCAUCGCGGGUUCAAAGGAGUCGGCUCUAGGUUCCCUUCAAGAGAUUUCUUUCGAGGGUGGAGAAACUCGCCUUCGUUUGGCACUGCGGACUGUCAUGAACAACAUCUUCGCGCAUUCCCGGACCAACGCACGUCAGGUUCUUUACGUCAUGACAGACGGCCUGUUUGCCGAUAACGACUUCCCGGAGUCCAGCGCCUCAAAGCUACAAAAGAGGGGCAUAGAGGUAUACGCAUUGCCGACCAACGAGUUCUAUGAUGAUGAUACUCUGGCAGCUCUCACAAGUUAUGCCGUCAAUCACGUUGUUUUUGUCAAAGAUGCAGAGGACAUCCCAUUGCCUUAUUAACGUCAUCCACCUCUUACAGGUCGAGGAUUUACAUGGUAUCUACAAACAGAUCUUAUGAUUUAUCCUUUAAACUUAUCCAUUAGCCGUAUUGUCCCAAUAGAAAUCGAUGACAGUGGAUUGUGUUAUGAACUCCUUGAUCUACAAAUUCAAACUUCAUUAUUUUGUAAUCAGCAUUUUAAAAAAGUAAGUAGUGUAAUUACUUGUAUUUUGUGGAAGUUCAUUUGGUGAUAAGAGGAUAUACGUCAGCCACCUUUGUAAUUAUUUUGUAGAUACAACUUUCAGUUAUACAUACUUUUGAACUGGUUUCAUAUCAAUGACAACAGGAAAGAGCAUCAUGCCACUAAAGGAAACCAAUUAUUUGAUAACCCCCCCAAAUAAUUCAGUUUAUCUAAAGCACUAAAACAGUACCUUUAUCUGCGUUUGCCUUUCAUAAUAUGAAAUCAAAAGGUCAGUCAUUAAAGAGCAAUGAAGAUUUUGAAAUUUCAUAAGCAAUGUCAAAUAUGCUGAAUUAUUGAAGAUUGCAUUACGAUACAAUGGCCCUGUGUAAGAAAGGGAUGGGUAAUUGGCAGUUUUUUGUUCUAUAUCCAUUUCUUAUCCUGCACAUCAGCGCCCCGUCUGACAAAGAGUUGCGAUUUAUCCGAUCAACCACAAGUAUGGAUAGCAAGCAAAGUCAAAAUAGAAAAUACAAAUUUGUUCAAAAUAUUUUCUCGAUAUGAUGUAUAUUCAUACAUUCAUUGUUCUCUUGAAGAUUCAGUGUGAUUCUCUUUGUUUACUAAGGAUAUUGCGCAAAUUUCCUGAAGAAAAAUCGAUGGUUUGGAUGGAUUUCCAUACAGUUGAGAUCGAUUGGAUCAAUAACUCUUUGUAAGACGGGCUCUGAUUUAUUCAAGAGCUGGUAAAGGUUUACAUGUCUGUUUCUAAGAUCAAUUUUGAUUUUUCAUUGCUCAUAACCUGCCGUGUGUGAAUUUGACGUAUUUAGGUAAAAAAAAGAAAAGAGAGAUUCCACUCUAUCAAUGCUGAAUUUAAAAUAAAAACACAUUGACUUUGAUAUCUAUCAAUAAAAGCGGUCUCCUUUCUUAGCCCACAGUCACAUUUGCUCUACGGUGGCCGUACGGCGAGUCAAAAACAGCCGUUUGAUAUUUUUUGUACCAGCUACAUAUAUGUGGUUUGAAUAAAAAUAAACGGCUGUUUUCGACUCGCCGUAUGGCGGCCAUAGAUGCACUGAAUUACUUAACCCCAUGGGAGCAGAUACUGCUUUCACCCCAUCAAUAUCAUGCCAUUGUAUUUCUAAACAUAUAUUCAUUCAUAAUGGUGCAUGAUGUGUGAGAACAAAUGUUUUAUUUUGAAAUAAAAAGGGUAUGUAGAAUGGUAUUCAGGUAACUCUGCCUAUCAAAGUCAAUCUUCGAUCUUCCAGAAGUCGAAUAAUCGCCCAAGUCGAACUUUUUUUACCCGAAUAUUCAAAACGUGUUAUAUUCCUCUUCUAAGUCAAACAGAUUUCUCUGGUCCCAAGAGAUCCGACUUAGGCAGAGUUAACUGUAUUUCAAUAUGACAUGAAAAAGAAAUUUUAUAAAAUGAAUCAUAUACUCGCAAACCCAUACUAGAUUCAUGCAUCUACCAGUAAUGACGACAUGUAUCAUUUUGCUUACAAGUGGAAUUCUCCACGUGACUUUCGCUGUCAUACUUCUUAUAUUGCAGGACAUCUAAUAAAGAGACGAGAGACUCA